UACCUCACUUCCGGCUUCGAAUUUACCGGAAGUAAAUCAAAAUAAAACAGAUGGGACGCUGAUUCUCAUCUUUACAGGAAGCCAAAACUUCACUUCUGUUGAGUUUUUUAAACUCUUCCAGCGGGAUGUCUUUUCCUUCAGCUUUCAGUACGCAGGUGGCCGCCAUCAUGGAUGUUCUGGCCAAAGCUGCGGUGGCAGAAAUAACGAUGCUGGUGGAGGAGGGGAGCGUGGCUCUGCGGCUGGAGGUGAGCAGGAGGGACAGUGAGAUACGGGAGCUCCGGAGUAACCUGAAGAGGACGGAGGCUGAGCUCCGGAAAGCUCAGGAAGCGGCUGCAAGGCGAGCUACAGCCGAGAAACAAGUGCAGACCGCAGCGGCGGCGGAUCAGGAACCGUGGAGAGAUAAGGAGAAGCAUCCUAAAAUUGUCGGGGAUUAUCCUGAACUAAAAACUGCUGAUUCAUUCUACGAGACGCACAUCAGUCCCGAUGUGAAGCAAGAGCCAGAAGGUGAACUUCGGUUCGAUGAAACAACCGAGCAUGCAGCAACGGACGUACCGGAUCGAGGCGACCCCAUCUGGCCGGCUUCUGGAGUGUUUGAGAAAAGCUCUGUUGCAGUUCAGGAGCAAUCACAGAUGUUUCCAUCUAAUGACAUGCAAAGUACAUAUUUACCUUCGGGAAAGGAAGGAGAAGAUGUUUGCUUUAAUGUACCGGCGGUGAAAGAAGAGCUCUCUGUGCUUGUUGAGUCUGUUUAUAAAGACGAUUUGCUUCCUGGUGUCGUUCGGGAUGAUUGUAUGGAGUCUGGAGGGCCGUCAGCAGCUUCACUUUAUACACAGGCAGAAUCCUCUGGAUCAAAUGAAGAGAUUAUCAACAGGAAAAUUAACUUCAGAACAAAAAGGCUUAUGACCAUGUGGCGAGGGAAUCAGAGUGUCUACAUCUGCUCUGUGUGCAACAAGAGUUUCCUCCGCUUGUCUCAGCUGGAAGAGCACAAGAGCACCCACCAGGCCUCCAAACCUUUCAGGUGCCUCGAAUGUGGGAAGUCGUUCACACAGAAGACCCGGCUGAAGACGCACCAGCGGGUCCACACGGGGGAGAGGCCGUUCAGCUGCAGCAUCUGCGGGAAGAAGUUCUCCAGGCAGGAUAACUGCCUGAGACACGAGCGCUUCCACAGUGGGCUGAAACCGUUCAGCUGCAGGCAGUGCGGGAAGAGCUUCACCGUGCUGGGAAACCUCAAAAUCCACCAGGUGAUCCACCUGCGUGGACGGUAGCACCAAUAUUGUUUGAACCGUUGCAUCAAAGGGAAAACUUUCACAAAUGUAUUUAUUAAUCGUUAUAAUCCACAACAAGGCAAAAAUGUGUUUCAGAUUAAAGCAUGGAAAAUAAAUCUCCAGCCGUUUAAGAAAUUUGUUUGGAUGUUGAGCAAAAUGCUGAUUUAUUUUAGAUAAAAGGGAUUUUUUAAAUGUUUGUCUUGUGUUUAAAGCAAAUUUAAUAAAUGAAAAUAUUGUUUUGUCUGGAUGUCACCCAUUAAUGGCUUUAAAUUUACACGUAUUUCAAUAAAAAUAUUUUGUGCUUCAUACAACAUUUUCCUUAUUGUUUUUUUUCUCAGUAUAAACUUUUUUUUGUUGAGUUUUUCCUCUUUAAUAUUUAUUAUCAGUUACAUGUUUGGGGGUUUCUGCUGAGUUGCAUCAAUCAUGGCAGUGCAUUUUAUUUAAACGUAUGUUAGAAUAAAAUGGGAAAGAUGAGAGAUCAUCUUUUUUCUAAGUGGUUAUAUUAAACCUUUCUGCUAAACUGAUUUUUUUAGUUUUAUUCUUUGAUAUUUGUCAAAAUCAUAAAAUACCUGAACUUUAUUACU